UCGUUCACAUUUACAUUUACAUUUCAUUUCAUUUCAGUUGCAUUUCAAACUCAUUUCAAUUACUGUACGUUACACACACAUAAUCCCUGUCUCACUAACUUUCCGUUUCAUCUCUCUCUCUAGAACUGAUUCACUUUCUCUCUCUACCUUCGCUUUCGUUGUUAUAUAUACACACACAUAUUGUAUGUAUAUAUAAUAUAUAAACUAUACAUAUAUUUGUAUGUAUCAUAGGUUGUAUCGUCUUCUUUUGCAUCUAUCCGGAUCAGUCGUUUUCGAGUAAAAAUGGAGUUGGAGGUAGCGAUUUGCUUCCGGUUUUCGUCUCUAUUAUCUUCGAUCUCACUAUAACUGUCUCAUUUUUAUUCUCGUCAAGAUCUGUGAUUGGAGCUGGUUUUCUGAGUAAUUUUAUCGACGCUGUUUGAAGAAUGUGUAGUGGCCCUGAUCAGAGUAAAUCUGGUUCUUCAUCUACAUCAAAAACAGAAGAUAAAAAACCUAACAAAAUGGUCAUGAGUUCACUAACUGUGGAAACUGAGGAUUCUUUUUCCAGUUUACUUGAAUACGCUGCUAACAAUGACUUCGAGGGAUUCAAACGGUCAAUCGAGAUCGACCCGUCAGCGAUUGACGAGGUUGGGCUGUGGUACGUACGUAAGAAGGGUUCAAAGCAGAUAGUUCUUGAGCAUCGGACUCCGUUAAUGGUUGCUGCAACGUACGGAAGCGUGAGUGUUUUGAAACUGAUAAUUUCUCAACCCAAGGUGGAUGUAAACUUCUCUUGUGGCCCGGAUAAGUGCACUGCACUUCAUUGUGCGGCUUCUGGUGGUUCUGUUGAUGCUGUUGAAGUUGUUAAGUUGCUUCUUUCUGUGGGCGCUGAUCCGAACAUUGAAGACGCAAAUGGUCAUCGGCCGGUUGAUGUUAUUGUUGUACCUCCAAAGCUAUCUGGAAUUAGAUCUUCUCUCGAAGAGCUUCUCAUGAACAGUUCAUCCGAUGGGUCGGUUGGGUAUAGUAAGCUAACUGUUUCCGUCAACACAUCAAGCUCUUGGUCUCCAACCCUAUCGUCAUCACCGGAUAACGGUUCACCCUGUUCUCCUUCAGAGUUAGUAUCAUCUCCAACAAUGUCAAAGUUUAACGAUGUUGUCCCGGUUAACUCCAAUUCGGAAAAGAAAGAAUACCCAAUCGACCCGUCUCUGCCCGACAUAAAAAACAGCAUAUAUUCUACCGACGAGUUCCGGAUGUUUUCAUUCAAGGUCCGACCUUGCUCGAGGGCGUAUUCUCAUGAUUGGACCGAGUGCCCGUUCGUUCACCCGGGGGAAAACGCGCGCAGACGGGACCCAAGAAAGUUUCACUACAGCUGUGUACCGUGCCCGGAUUUUCGAAAGGGUGCUUGUAGACGAGCGGAUAUGUGCGAAUACGCUCAUGGUGUGUUUGAGUGCUGGCUCCACCCGGCUCAGUACCGUACGCGGUUGUGUAAAGAUGGUACAAGCUGUGCGAGACGCGUUUGUUUUUUCGCUCAUACACCCGAGGAGCUUAGGCCGUUGUAUGUCUCAACGGGUUCGGCUGUCCCGUCUCCUAGGUCAUCCGCUGCCGGUGCUAGUGUCAUGGAUAUGGCUGCGGCUUUGAACCUUCUUCCCGGUUCACCGUCUUCAUCGGUCAUGUCUCCUAGUUUCAGUCAACAGAUGUCACCAUCUGGAAACGGUGGUCAACACUGUUCAGCUGGAUGGUCUCAGCCUAAUGUUCCAACCCUUCAUCUUCCCGGAAGCAACCUCCAGUCGAGUCGACUCAGGUCUUCUCUUAAUGCGCGUGAUAUUCCAGCUGAUGAUCUGAGCAUGUUGCAAGAUAUUGAUCCCCAACUGCUAAACGACCUGGCCUGUUACUCCCAGUCUCGACCCGGUUCGCUCUCAUUGAACCGUUCGGCCCGGUCUAAAACACUCGCUCCUGCAAAUCUAGAGGAUUUAUUCUCCGCUGAACUUACUUCUUCACCUCGGUUUUCGGACCAGGCGGCAUCUCCGGGUGUUUUUUCACCGUCACACAAAUCAGCGGUUCUCAACCAGUUUCAACAGCAGCAAAGCAUACUCUCUCCUAUUAACACAAACGUGUUCUCACCGAAAAAUGUUGACCAUACAUUGUUGCAGGCGUCUUUCAGUGUGUCAUCGCCAGGAAGAAUGUCUCCAAGAAGCAUCGAUCCGAUAUCGCCAAUGGGUGCUCGGCUUUCUGCCUUCGCACAGCGCGAGAAGCAGCACCAACAGCUACGCAGUCUCAGCUCAAGGGAUCUUGGAACAACAAAUGGUCAGUUUAAUGUCGGAUCGCCUGUCAACACUCCCACUUCUUGGUCAAAAUGGGGAUCUCCAACCGGGAAAGUUGACUGGUCCGUUAACAACGAGUUUGGGAAAUUAAAAAGGUCUUCUUCUUUCGAACGCGACAACAAUGGCGUCGAGGAGCCCGACCUAUCAUGGGUGCAAUCACUUGUGAAGGAAUCACCACCUGAGAUGAUGAAAAACAAGGCGGCUGCACCACAUUCUGGUAACGGUAGUGGGGUGGCUGCACCAUCCGGUGAGGGUCCUGAUCAUUCAGUAUUAGGCGCUUGGCUCGAGCAGAUGCAACUUGAUCAGCUCGUCGCUUAAGCAAAGAGACGAUUGAUGAAUUGAAUUCGUAUUCAUUUUCACUUAACAAAACUCAUUUCUAGGUAAUUAAGUAUAUAUUCUUUUGGGCAUGCGGUUUGGUAUAACAAGAAGCAGGCUGAAGUAUUUUCGGGGCGGAUUUUAUAUUCUUUUGGGUUCAAAGAUAAUGUUCUAAUGGCAGCAGGAUGAAGAAACAGUUCCUCUGGUUGUAGGGUAUUGUUUCUUACUUCAUUAUUCUAGCAUAUCAUUAUUGCAUUUGUUUACAAUUUUUAUUAUAUGUUGAAACAAUUUUCAAUAUGUCUUCAAUGUUUCCUUCCAUGGGGAUGCAUGCAAUUUGUGCUCACUGUUUAAUUUCUGGUCACAAAAUGUAUCUGCCUUUUAAUAUGUAAAACAUAUAUUAUUAUAGCUAUUAUUUUGUUUCUUAUAUUCA